UGAAAAUAUUCUUUGUAAUAACGAAUAUGAUGUGGUAAUUAGUGAUUUAGGAAUUAGUAAAUUAUCAACUGAAAUAUCAAUCAAUGAAAAUGAAAUUUAUGGGAUUAUUCCUUAUAUUGCUCCAGAAAUAUUGCAAGCGCAAAAAAGCAAUAAAUAUAUAAAGGCCUCAGAAAUUUAUAGUUUUGGAAUGAUUAUGUGGGAAUUAAUGACAGGUAGAAGACCUUUUUGGGAUCAAAAUCUUGAUACGGAACUUAUUAUUAAAAUUUGUGAUGGUAUUCGUCCUCCUAUUAACACUAAUGCACCUGAAGGAUAUAUUGAAUUAAUGCAAUUAUGUUGGCAUCCUGAUCCAAAUAAGAGACCAACAACAUGGGCUAUUCGUCAACUUCUUGGUGAAAUCAGUUUGAAUGAACAAAAAAGUCAAACUAAAAAUUAUUAA